UUUACCCAACCCCUAUUCCGGCACAUGUUCAACUUCCGGUAAAAUCAACGUUAUGGAUUUCUCCAAAUUAUGUGUAUUUUUCGGCCUCGCAGCUAUGUUACAUGCCGCAUAUUCUGCCACACAACAUAGAACAUAUCUUCGGUUGACGGAGCAGGAGUUCACCAUAUUACCAAUUGAUAUUAUAGUUCAGUGUUUCUUUGGACUGAUUUUAACCUGUUAUGGUGUGGUCCAUGUGGCAGGAUCCUUCAGAGAAAUCUGUGCCAGUGCAGAGCUGGAGUCCAAGACUUGGGACAUGUUGGGUAACAGACAAGCUUUCUACUCGUUCUGCCACAGAGGGAUGGCCAUUAACUACAGAAAGGAGGAGGAGGAGGAGGAGGACAGCUGAUGGAAGAGACUCUAAACAAUCAAAUGUCAAUUAUCCCAAAGAAUGUUAAACUGAAAGACCAGUAAGAUGGGCAUGCAUCCAAUUUCUUUGAGACAUCUGUAUUACAUAUGUUUGUACACAUACAUGUACAACAGUGUAUUGGAAGGUCAUAGGUAUUUUUUUAACCAUUUUUAUCAAUGACCAUAUAAAUUGCAUUGUUAAAUAAGAGGAAGAUGGACCAUGCAUGAUGUUUAACUUUCAUCUUUUUGUUGCAUUAAAUUUUGACAUAGGAUCUUUUAGGUGAUCAUUGUUGUGUCAUUCAGGUAUUAUCAGAAUACUGGCAUGUAGACUUAUUGGAUGUGUCAUAGGUAUUUGAUGAUAUGUUUGAAAAGAAAAUUAAAUGUAUUAAGAUGUAUUUUUUAACAUGUUUCAAUAUUUAAGAAUAAAUUUGAUAGCUACCAACACAGUUUAUGCUUUAUAAACUGAAGAACGGUUUAUUUAGAAUGAUAAAUAGUUCCAACCUAGUUUAUAGUUGUAUAAAUUUGGUAGCUAUCAAAUUUAUUUCUUAUAGAAAACAAAAACAUCAUGAAGAUUGGUACUAAAAAUCAUUGUGAUGUAGAAUUUAUGUUUAUAAAUGAAACAAAUAUCUUAGUUAGGCAAAUAGCUUGUUAUGAAAGAAAUUGCAUUAUUUGUUGAUAUACAACUGUAUGCCUGUUUGAAUAUGUGUACAAGCUAGUGAUUCAUAUGAGAGAGAGAGAGAGAGAGAGAGAGAGAGAAACUGUAAAAUGUCAAUGCACGAAUAAAAUUGUUGAAAACAA